CAUUGUACACAUCAUGACAUCAGUACUUACAACCUACAAAUUAGUCAAAUGGAAUAAAACUGAUCCUAAUCAGUUAAAAUAUUUAGUAAGAACAUAAAUGCCCUUUAUACAUAUAUAGCUUCUAUUGUUUUUGAAGCAGUGUGUGUGAAGCCUUGUGGUCACCAGUGCAGCAUUCACUCACUGCACAAAGACCCCUGCAGCUCUAAAAAGGAAGUGAGGCAUUGCACUGACUUCGGGUCAGUUUCAAGAGCUUAACUUCCCCUUCACCAGCAUUAUCAGAGAAAACAGCAGGACUGCUUUCAGAUCAGGACCAUUUCAGCCAACACGAAACAGUUAUACCUCCAUAUGUAUAAAUUUGACCACAUUUCUCCUCAUCUGCUCGCUUAUUAUCUGGAGCUGAUGUGAGUUACUGGCAUUCAGACAGGAAGCAAAGAAGGAUGUAGACGUCUUGUAAAAGAUGCCUGGAAUUUUACACAACUUAUUAGAAUGCACCAAUCAGGGCCUAAGUAUUAAAAGUGAUGACAUAUACAUAAAACAGUAUUUGUAAAAUAUAUUUAUUACACAACAAACAUGUUCUUUUGUCAGCGCACUUUGGCUUUAACCACUUUAUUAAGCUGUGCGUGUUUUAGCAGAACCACAGUGAGUGUCCGUGACACAGUUCUUAAGAGGUGAGAAAGCCGCUAACCAUUAUUAGACAGUAUACUGCGUGUGAAAAGGACAUUAUAUACAACACUGUAGUUGCUUUUUUGCCUUUACUGCCACCCACAGCAAGCAUUUAGAUAUUGAGGGCAAACCCUCAGUGAGAGAGGAAGUGUUAUUGAUGUCUUGGACUUCCAUUAGCUUUGAGUCAACAGUGUGAGCCGAGCUGCUGUAAGACUUUAACUAACACAGCUAUGGCAGACUUUCAUGGAUAUCAUGUUUCCAUCUUUGGGGCACUAAUGCUUGGGAUUCUUCAGGGUCUGUGUGUUUUAGCUGAUACACACACAGAGAAGGUGCUUAAAACUGGGAGCUCCCUGGAUCUAACAGUGACAUAUCCAAAUAAUUCAAUUGUUUCUUGGGAAUUUAAUGGUAAAAAGUUUGCUGAGUACUCUCUAAGCCGUAAAUGCUCUGUUAGAGGAGAUCAAUUUAUCGGAAGAUCAAAAUGUGCUCGUGAUGUUAUCGGAGUAACGCUACAAGAUCUCCAACCCCAAGACUCUGGAACAUUCUCCAUUGUUGCAUUUACAUCUGAAACACAGUAUCCCACACAGAGCAUUAAAAUUUCUAUUCAAAACCCCAUAAGAGCUGUGCAGAUUGAAAAGACUCAGAGGUGGCUGUCACCCACAAACAGCUGUGAUGUUGAUGUGAAGUGUGCAGCACUUGGAGAUGAGAAUGUUUCCUACCAGUGGAGCGGCUACAAGACUGCGAGUGAAGCUCACCUGCAGUUUAGGCUCUCACCAGCAGAAGGAGCUGUUACACUGAACUGUACUGCAACUAACAAAGUCAGCUCCAGUUUUGCUACAGAGACACUGAACUGUAGCUCUGAAACAGACGUUUCACUGCCAGUCCUCAAACUGAUCAGUAGUCUUGUAGCGGCCUCUCCAUAUCUGCUGGUGACCAUCAUUCUGGCUGUAAAAUGCUAUACAGCUCGGGGUCACCAUAACAGUCUGAAUGCUGUUGCUGUAAUUGAGGAGUAAAUGCUUCACAACUUUACAAUUUACUGAAGUAACAAAACAUGUUUCUGCUUAAAUAUUCUUAUUUUUUGUCAUUUUUGUAUGGAAUAUUUGCAUUUAUAUUCAUCUCAGGACCACAGUAUAUUUUACUUUUAUAAUUGCACUUUUCUGGAACAGUCCAGCUGUGUCUCCAUGUCCUUCAGAGAACAUCCUGAGAGCAAACCUUAAUUACCAUUAAUCCAUUAAUCUUCUCAAUAUUCUACCUAUUGAGCAUCUGACUAUAGGACCUGGAUACAGGGAGCAUUGCCAACCAAGGAUAAAUAUUUGUUUUACAUAUUUAUAUAUUUAAUUUUACAAAUACCACUGGAAUAAAUAGAAAAUGUCCAAUGUUUUUGUUUUCUUUGCUUUUUGACAACUGUUCUCUGUGCUAGUUUCUCAGCCUUGUCAGUCCAGUGAUAAUAUAACUAAAAUGUAUAAAAGAAUAGUAUAGGCAUCACAAUAUUCCAUGCAGUUUGUUAAUCUUCCAUUUUAACAUAAGACA